AUGGAAGAUAAUUCAUCCAGCGAUGACGAAGUUAACGAUUCACUCACAAGCCCUAAACUGGGUGGAAAAAAGUUGAAAUUAAACGACGGUAGUUCCCAAGAUAGCAUUAAAGAUGCAGCCUCGGGGAGUAAAAAUGAGAAUGAAGAAGUCUUAGACAGCGGUAUUUCAGCUGAUAAGUCGGAAAGUACUAGUAGUGAUGAUCGUCUAGCUGGAUUGGCUUCAGGUCCUUCAAAUGAAGUUGUAAAUGUCGGUCCUUCUGGCAGUAAUGUUAGAGCUAUUUUGCUUAAUAUUCGCCGUCCUAAACGAGGAAGAAACUAUAGAAAAAGGAAGACACCAGAUAGAGAUUCCGAUAGCAAUGACUCAUCUAGAGAUUCAGAUGAUUCGUCUACUGAUGAGAAUAUUCAGCCAUCUAGACAGACAGAUGAUAAUUCUGAAGGUGACAGUGAUGAUAUGCAACAAUUCAUAUCCACUAUUUCUGAAGGGUCACCAAGUGCAAGUUCAAACAGCUCAUAUAGCAACUACAGUUUUGACAGUGAUGAUAUGGUUCGGCUACAAUCAGGGGAAACCGGUAGUGAGGAUGAGCUACCUUGGUCCAAUGCUACCGAUGGUGACGGAGAAAAUGUGCCAUCAACUCCUCCUCCAGUGUUGUCGAUACAGAGACCCAAGCAUAACUAUAUAAUAUUAAGGGAAAUAAUAAAUCGCGAGAUGGGUCUGACAUUUCCCUGCGGUAAAACGACGCAGAACGAUGUAAUUUUCGAGCAGAAGUUCUACGGAUCACUGCACGCCGUGUACCGGCUUAAGAAGCUGCACAACCUCAACAAGCACAGCGGAUGCGUCAACUCGAUAAAUUUUCACCCGGAGGGCCAUCUUCUAGCAUCGGGAUCGGACGACACGAAUGUGGUGGUGUGGGACUGGGCCCGCAACCGUGCGUUACAAACGAUCAAGACGGGCCACAAGACCAAUGUGUUCCAAAGCAAGUUCCUUCACCUGAAUGCCCGGAGUCAGCUCAACAUUGUCACUUGCGCUAGGGAUGGCCAGGUGCGGCUGGUGCAGUGCGCGCCGAGCGGGGGCGGGGGUGGCGGGGGCGUGGUGCGGCGGCGCCUGGCGUCGCACGCGCGCGCCGCGCACAAGCUGCACGUGAGCGCGCGCGCGCCGCACGAGGUCAUGUCCGCCGGCGAGGACGGGCUCGUCGUGCUCGCCGACGUGCGCGCCGAGCGCGCCUCCAGGCUGGUGCAGGUGCGCGAGGGCAACGCGGCGGUGCCGCUGUACAGCGUGGCGGGGCACGCGCUGCACGAGCGCCUGCUGGUGGCGGGCCGCGACCGCUUCCUGCGCGAGUACGACCGCCGCCAGCCCGCGCGCCCGCUCGCGCUCUACUGCCCCCACCACUUCGCGCUGGACCCCACGCAAAAUAAGAGGCUACGCAUGUCAAUGAUACACUUGACGUGCGCGGUGUACAAUCACGACGGAUCACAAAUACUGGGCUCGUACAACGACGAAGACAUAUACCUGUUCGACACAAAGCUCGACGUGUACGACAAGGACAAUGUGAAGGAGGAGAGCGACGGGUACCGGCGGCGGUAUAGCGGACAUCGCAACAGCGCCACGUUCAAGGGUGUGGCGUUCUUCGGACCGCGCAGCGAGUACGUGGUGUCGGGCUCGGACUGCGCGCAUGUGUACGUGUGGCACACCGACACCGCCGCGCUCGUGCAGUGGCUGCACGCAGACGUCAACGGCGUGGUAAAUUGUAUAGAAGCACAUCCACGUUUCCCCGUUCUGGCGACGAGUGGUCUAGAUAAGGACGUGAAGAUUUGGAUACCGAAGAGUCACACCGACCCCGAUUACGAGGGGAUGGAUAAGGUGGUCCGAGAGAACAGAGUAGCGCAGCGCAGUCCAUUGUUCAACGAUUUUUUACCUACACUUUAUAGUGCGUGGCGAAGUGAGAACCGGUUGUUUUCCGAUGACUACUCCCCGGCUAUUGGGGGCAACAUCGAGUUCGACGGAAACGCCUGCACAGCCUUCUAA